AUGGCCCCAAAUGCGCUUUGUUCGUACCAGUUCUACAGCAUCAGAGGAGAGGCCCUGAAGGUCUCCACCGGUACCGCCCCUCUCUCCGUCCGCCCUGGCCACAUGCGCUUCGGGCAGAUGGAACCAAUGAGCGUCGAGGAAACAACGCCUGGGGUCCAGCGCGUGUUGUUUCGCAAGCGAGGCCGGCCCACGUCCAGGGAAGAAGGAAACGAACAGCGUCCCGUUUACUCAACUGGACGGCACUGCAACGGCACCCGCGAGAUCAGCUCCUCUCCUCAGUCACUCACUCAGCUCUUUCCAGUGCGACAUUGUCGACUUUGGCCAUUGGCCUCGGCUCGAUCCGAUAUCCGACGCAACGUCGACGUCUAUGGCCACCCCUUUGACGGCAACUUGAUGAUCUUCACCCCGGUGCCAUAG